AUGGAACAGCACAAAUAUUACGGCAGAUCGCUAAAUGGCCUCCUCUGCUGCCUCCUGACAGUGUGCCUUCACAAACUUAGCCAGUCGCAAAAACUGUGCACGGUCCCCCCUGAGCCUGUGUCCAUCAGGGAGAACAGCACAGUUGACACUUUCAUCGCCACGGUCAACACCACAGAGCGGGACAUCACGCUGACUCUCAUGGACAACCCAGAGGAAGCCUUCGAACUGCGAGGGACAGACCUGAUGGCCAAGAGAGGAUUAGAUUUUGAAGCUCUACUAAGUGAAGAUGCACUUACAGUCAGGAUUAAAUGCAACAAAACUGGCUUCAAAGCAGUUACCCUACCUCUUAUAGUACAAAUAGAGAACAUCAAUGAUAAUCCUCCAACCUUUGCCAAGGAUGAAUAUGUCUUAGAGAUUGAUGAGUUGAUGCCAAUAAAUUCCAGUAUUGGACUUAUUGAGGCUUCGGAUCUUGAUUCAGAUCUACUGUAUUACUCUUUGGAUCCAUCCACGAGCAAAUAUUUCAGACUGCAAACAGAGAACUACCCUAAACUCUUGGUCCAAAAGAUUGUGGAAUAUGAUGUCAUCCAGAAGAUGACACUGAUUUUAUAUGUCCAGGACACACCCAUUCCUACAGAACCUGGUGAACCAUCUUUUACAGCCACAACCACCAUCUCAGUCAAUGUGCGGGACAUUGAUAACCGUCCGCCUUGGUUCCAGCCGUGCACUAAGGCAACUAUCGGCAUCGCAAAACUCUGUUAUAGCUCAGGAUACAAGGGCAGAGUAAACUUAACUGAGAAACAAGAAGGUCCUUUACAGUUGCAACCAGGACCAAUAUAUGCAAAAGAUGGAGAUAAAAACAGAAAUGAACAGAUCAGUUACAAAAUUCUGAAAGGAAAUGAGGACAGCAUAUUUCAAAUUGACGAGAACACUGGAAACAUAACAAUGCUGAAGGCUGCUGACAUUGCUGGCCCAAUUACCUUGACAGUUCUGGCCUCACAGGUGACCAAUAGAGAUCAGUUUGCGAUCACCUCCGUCACCAUUGAGGUGAUGAAGAAGAGUCGGAAUGCGCCGAGGUUUGAGAAGGAGCGUUACGAGGCCUACGUCUACACUACCUCUGGGCCAGAGAAUAUGGUGAUGAGGGACAGGGCAUCCAACAGACCCUUUAGAGUUAGAGCGCGCGAUGAGGAUUUCGCAACUGGUACGAAUCCUGACAUACGAUACGAGGUCCAGUACAGCAGCUAUGUCAACGUGACCACAGAUGGCUUUGUUCUCCUGAAGAAGGCAGUGAAAACAGACUCCUUUGCUCUGCAGCUCCGUGCUGUGGACAUCUCUACUGGGGAGUCAGGGACGGCCGCUCUGUCUGUACAAGUCAUACCUGUGCCAGGUGUCCAGUCACCAUCUGAAGGCUACAGGGCGGGAGACAUGGCUUUGUUGGGCUUUGUCAUGGCGGCUCUGCUUGUGAUGUGCCUUAUCGUCAUCGGAUUCCUCAUCUCGCGCCUGAGAAAAGGGAACGCCAAUGCGCUCAAGUUAUCAGAGUGUCUAGAUCCAUGCCUCAAGCUUACCCAACCCAGGAGGCGCCCGAGAGACAGCAUGCAGUUCACCAAUGACGGCUUCAUGAACGAGGGAGGAGACCCCAAUAGAGGGUUACCUCCGAGGAGACUCGUGGGCUCAGACCGUAGACCGGACUCUAUAAAGACCGCCAGGGCCCGAGCGAUGAUCCGCGAGCGGCAGAAACCGCCAUGUAGCUCCUGUGGCCAUCACGUCCAGGCCAACCACGUCCACAAUAGAGGCCCCGCGGCUCAAGCCAAAGCCCGGCCAGGGGGCGGGCAGGGAACGGAGCAGGUGAGGUCCAUCCUCACCAAGGAGAAGAAGAGGGACGAGCGGCACAAGAGCGUCUGGUUCAAGGAGAGUGCCGACACCUCUGAGAUCCAGGUGGAGAUCAUCCCGGACAACAUAGGCCUCAAGCCCGAGGAGGAUGCGCGGGACCUGGACGCAGACUCAGUGAACUCCGCUGCACCCGUGGAGAGCGAGAUGGAGCUGGGAGACCUCACUGCUAUGAUUACGCAAGAUCUGGGAGGCGCAGGGACCUCUGUUCCUGAUAACAAGGAGGACGAGAAUGGAGACAAACCUGACCAGUAGUGGAUGCUAAUUUACAGACACUCCAGUUCAAAUAUGACCCAAAAGGGAAGAAGUUUAUGGGAGACACACAAAAAACAGAUGCUCUUCUCUCAUAGUAUGUUGGUUAUGAUUCCCACUUUGGCUUCUAGGGAACUCUAUGUCCACUGUUGCAAGUCUCUUUCUGCAAAACCGGUUGAAUGCAUCAGAUAACUGUUCAAAUGGUUCAGGUUAGAUUGAUCAGGUCUUUUUUCAGCUAAUCAUGGGCCAACAAAGGCUGGACUAAAGGCUCGUUCCCCAUGGGCAAGCAUGUGAAACUCAUGUGUCUGCUGAGGGAGAUUUAGGUGGCUUCUUAAUUCAGCAUUUUCAGUCAGGUGUGACAGAACAAAGUGAGGCCAGAAACAUGCAAGACAUGCAAAAUACCAAAACAUAUGGGCCCGGUUUCUAGUGUAUGGAUUAAGCCUAAUCCUAGACUAACACUUGUUUUCAGGGAAGAUUAUCACUGAAGUUCUCUUUUAGUCUAGGCCUAAUUUAGUCUUUUAGUCUAUAGGCCUAAUUUUGAAUCCAUGUACAAGAAACCAGUCCAUGAAAGCAAAAGAUAUGAGAUGAUCUGAAAGGUAAAUAAGGUAACUUCUACAUGUACAGUUUAUUUGUAAUUUUUAUGGCACUUAUUCAUCUUAAUUGGCAAUGUAUUUUUGUGCACUUUUUGACCACUCUAUGCAAAAGUGUUUUAGGGUUAGGUACAGUGACAGUGUUCUUCAUUUUUGUUAUGUUUCAAGGCAUUGUUAAAUGAUUUGCCAUUUUUGAAUGUAUUUGACACAUACUACUCUAACGCAGCUACCAAGUCAUCUCAGUUUUAUGGACAUAUUUUGAUACUUCAACUUGUCAACCUUACUAAGCACAUAUUAAGCAUUGGUUGUGUGUGUACUGUGUGUUUGUAUUUUGUUCUUAAGGAAUGUUACAGAAAGAAUAACUUAUUAAAUUAUUUUGAAA